AUAUGUCACUCUGCGCUACAAUAGGGAAGUGAACAGCACUUCCUAUUUCCACAGCGUUACUGCUAUUCUCUGACCGAGAACAGAUCGAGAAGAGUAAAAACGAAAGGAGAAUGUUUGACGCGUGGUUUAUAUAUGAAUAUAAGCUGUAAAUGACUCGGAUUCAGAUCUAGUUCUCCGCGCACAAUGGGAGCGACGCGCUUGCGGCCGUCAGCUUGAUUCAAACGGAGGGACUUUUCCGCUUCUGAAAGUUUUGUAUGUUGGUGAAUUAAGAAGAAUCAAGAUGAAGAAACAGUUCAACCGCAUGAAACAGCUCGCCAACCAGACUGUUGGAAGAGCAGAGAAGACAGAAGUACUGAGUGAUGACCUUCUUCAGAUUGAUCGUCGCCUGGAAUUGGUGCGAUUGGUCUCUCAUAAUGCACACAAGAGGAUGGUCGCCUGUCUACAGGGCAAUCUGGGCACAGAUGUGGAAAAGAGACAUAAAAAGCUUCCCCUCACAGCCCUUUCACAAUCCAUGCUGGAAGGAGGAAGUCAGCUAGGAGACGAGUCUCUCAUAGGAAAAAUGAUGGAAGUUUGUGGAGAGGCUGAAAGCAAACUGGCAUACGAGCAGAGCCAACAUGAGGUCCAGCUAGAGAGAGAUGUUCUAGACCCUCUCAAUCAGCUAGCAGAGGUGGACGUUCCUAAUAUCCUGAAGCAGAGAAAGCAUUUAGCCAAGCUUGUGUUGGAUUAUGAUUCUGCAAAAGCCAGGUAUCAACAGGCCGCAAAGGUGUUCCCUUCUGCCACAAACGCUCAAGCAAUGGCUGCCAAAAUUGACACACUUAAGGAAGAGAUGGAUGACGCACAGAUCAAAAUGGAAAUAUGCAAGGAUCAAUUGGCUGCAGACAUGUACAACUUUUCCUCCAAGGAAGGAGAAUAUGCUUGCUAUUAUGUCUUGUUAUUAGAAGCACAAGCUGAAUACCAUAAAAGAGCUUUGGCUCUCAUUGAAAGCAUCCUGCCAACCAUACAGUCACAGCAAGACAAAUGGACGGAGAAGCCAGCGUUUGGCACCUCUCUAGAGGAACAUCUGAAAUGCACCAGCAGAGAGAUCGCUUUGCCCAUAGAGGCCUGCAUCAUGAUGCUUCUGGAGACUGGCAUGCACGAAGAGGGUUUGUUCCGUAUCGCUGCUGGGGCCUCAAAACUUAAGAAGCUAAAGGCGGCUCUGGACUGUUCCACCUCACAGUUGGAGGAGUUUUAUUCUGACCCUCACGCUGUAGCUGGAGCCCUGAAAUCUUACCUGCGAGAGCUGCCUGAACCUCUGAUGAGCUACCAGCUGUAUGAAGAGUGGAUCCAGGCCUCAAAUAUUUCUGACCCAGAUAAAAGACUUCAGGCUCUGUGGGUGGUAUGUGACAUGAUGCCAAAGGCCAACAAGACCAAUUUUAGGUACCUAGUGAAGUUUCUUGCCAAGCUUGCUCAGGAAAGUGACAUCAAUAAGAUGACAGCGAGUAACAUUGCCAUCGUUCUGGGACCCAAUUUACUGUGGGCCAAGGCAGAAGGGUCCCUUGCUGAAAUGGCAGCUACUACCUCUGUCCAUGUAGUGUCUAUUAUAGAACUGAUAAUCCAACAUGCAAGCUGGUUUUUCCCUGAAGAUAUGGACUUCAAUGUUUCAGGCAUGUUUGCCUUGCCUGGGUGUCCGGGUACCCCUGACUCUGAAGCAGGAUCCAUAGACAGGAGGCGCCCAGGCAGCCAGGCAUUACAAGAUUCUGAGACCACCCGCAAAGACAGCCCUGCUAACAAACACCCGGAACACGCCUCUCGUAGAGCUGGCACAAUAAAUAAAAAGCAGCACUCCAUGCCUAACUUCCAGCCCCCUCUCCCUCCCAUCGAUGCUGGGGCGGCUCCCGUGUUUGAGCCCUCCCCUCAGUCUCCCACUGGUGGGGGUUUGGAGGCUGGGCAGGGGGGAGUUGUGGUGAAUCAGACCCAGCAGCCUUUAGUUCAGCAGAACCCUGCUACAGACAACAGUAACACUGUCCGAGAACCCGUGUCCACACCACCUUCCCUGAGGAACGGACCAGGAAGCUCCAGUGGAACACCAGGUCAGUUGAAUGUGGGGACCCCUACGUCAGGUUCUAAAGGCCCCAGCCCCUUCAUGGUUCGAAGAGGAACAAAGAAACAAGCACCUGCACCUCCUAAACAGGCUGCACCUGGUACACCUCAGAACGUUAAAGCAGUUGCUAACCAGUCCACACCAAACCAGUCUGCAACCGUGAGCACGAGUACCCCUCUUCCUGUCAUCGCGCCUCGUCGCUGCAACCAGACACCAAUCCAUGCCCCAAGCCACCCUCCACCACAACCUCCCUCCCAGAGCACAGAAGAACCAGACCAGUCCCCUCCCAGAACCCCAACCCCACCAGAUACACCUCCCCACGAUGGUUCCUACCCCACCGGCUCCCUGCUGCGCCCCAGGCCAACCCCUAGACCGCGGCCCAAACCCACCAUACCACCACCACCCCAGCCAACUAGUGAAGGUGCCAACGGCAUCUGUAUUUCUGGAUCCAAGAUUAUCUCGGAUGUGUGAUCUACUGCCUGUGAGGUGUAAUUUGAUUGACAGAUGGAGAAGUUUCUCUCAUGGAACCAGGGCUGGACCUUGUCCCUGAGCUAGAAGAGGAUCAAACAGAAGAAACAUCCCCAGAAUUUGAACACCAAUCAGAAAGCACUGCUCUGUAAGGGGAGAGGAGCCUAAUCUUCACACAGCCAAUCAAGGUCGAUGUUCGGAAUGGAAUACUAGCAUACUGCAUUAUAUACUGUAUACUGCCAGCAGUUAUUUUUAAAUUUACUAAUAGUAUAUGAAACAGCAUGCAAUAUGCAUUGAUAAACGUUUCAAACAGUAGUAUCCGGGGGCCUGGGUAGCUCAGUGGUAAAAUACGCUGGCUACCACCCCUGGAGUUCGCUAGUUCGAAUCCCAGGGUGUGCUGAGUGACUCCAGCCAGGUCUCCUAAGCAACCAAAUUGGCCCGGUUGCUAGGGAGGGUAGAGUCACAUGGGGUAACCUCCUCGUGGUCGCUAUAAUGUGGUUUGUUCUCGUGGGGCGCAUGGUGAAUUGAGCGUGGUUGCCGUGGUGGAUGGCGUGAAGCCUCCACACGCGCUAUGUCUCCGUGGCAACGCGCUCAACAAGCCACGUGAUAAGAUGUGCGGGUUGACUGUCUCAGACGUGGAGGCAACUGGGAUUUGUCCUCCGCCACCCGGACUGAGGCGAAUCACUAUGCGACCACGAGGACUUAGAGCACAUCGGGAAUUGGGCAUUCCAAAUUGGGAGAAAAAGGGGAAAAAUCCCCCCCAGAAAGAACAGUAGUAUCCUACAUUGUGACCUAAACACAUGGCAUACAGCAUAUAGCGUCUAGUUAUAAUCUUGGAAAGAAAUAUGAAAAUAUUUACACUCAGGUUUAUGUAAAAAAUUCUAAUUUUUGGCAGUACGAUCACAUGAUGAGUCAAGAAAUGUUAACCCUUCUGUGGUAUUUAAAAAGGACACCUCCCUUUGGUAUUUACGGUCAUUUUUGACCAGAAGGGUCAGAUGUGUUACCCUAUUUUUUGAUGAUGAUGAUACCAUUUGUUCUUCCCUGAAGAUCAAUAAAAUUAUGCAUUUCUUUUGGGAUUUUAUGCUAUUCUGAUCUUAUUUACUUAUAUAUGUGUAUGUAUGUGUGUAUAUAUAUGUGUAUGUAUGUGUGUAUAUAUAUGUGUAUGUGUGUAUAUAUAUAUAUAUAUAUAUAUAUAUAUAUUAUCAUUAAUUUGUUUACACAAACACAUUUUUGUCUGAUGGCUUGUUGUAACCUAAUUUUAUAUUUUAUCACAAGAUAUGCUUUUGGAUAUAUUUAGACAUGAUCAAACUAUUAUUUAUCCAAUUUAGCAUUUUAAAUAGAUUUGAAGUGUCAGUUUGUGCAGUUAUUGUCAUUAUGCUUGCAAUCAAACCAUGCCAUGGUGUUACAAACAGGAGGCACAGAAUAAGCAUUUUUCUACGAAUUAUUUAUUUCAAACAGACAAAUUUACUCAAAGUAAAUGCAUAAUAAUGUCAAGAAAAUUAACAUCAAAAAACAGAAAUGAACUGAAAAAAAAAAAAAAAUUUGAAAACAUUUUGCAAUUUCAAACUUUCUAUAGUAAACAUUUAUUUUGCAAACGUGUGUGUAUGUGUGAGUGUGUCAUGAACUGGUGAGAAAUAACACGGAGCCUUUUUUUUUUUUUUUUUUUUUUUUUUACAUUUGUCAGAAAAACAUUUUGUGUGUAAGUGGGUGUGUAUGUUUUGCACUGAGGAUGUUUUAGAGUCUCACCCUGUAAUUUGUGUCUGUUUUUUCUGCAUUGUGGUUGAUUUAUUGAUUGUAUUUGACAGACCAAAAACAAUUGCUUUGUUUUUUGGUCUUUCCUGUUCAUUUUCAAUGGUCAGUCAAUUUUGACCGUGAAUACCAAAGGUGUCGUUUUUUUUUAUGGUCACUUAGACUUAUCGAA